UUGGUGGUUCAACACAUUUGCUGACGGCACAUCUGUGACGCCACACUCCAUCCGGGUCCUCCGCGCCUGGGCCAUGACGUCACGGGGUCCAGGAAUGGCGGCGCUGUCUGCAGAGAGAAGCAGCCCAAAGAGCCAGAAACUUUAUUCCUAACAUCGUUCAGCGGCUACACGAGCUCCACCGCUCCACCAACGGCCAUAUCCUCCUCUUAAAGAGCCAGCGCGACGGCGGAACCCAGUCUCGACGCUGUUAGCGCUGAAUUCCGACGUCCCAGGCUCUAUUAGUUUGCUUGACUUUGCGAGGGCCAAAAGACAAGAGCAAAGACAGCGACUAACGGUACAUAAAACAACAACAAGCGCCCCGAAACACGCUCUUUCGGGUCCGUUCAUUUCAUAGAAGGAUCUUACUUGUGCUUUGCUAGUUUCUUGUCUUGCUCAUACACCGAAAGGCACGACACUGGCCUGAUAAGGUGAAGCCACCAGCUGCGGGUUUGAUGCCACGAUGGAGAGUUUAACACUGAGCGAUGUCGAGCAGAAAUAUUACUCUGAACUCUUCCUCUCCUGUGAUGUGGAUAAUACCAAGAAAGUGGCUUCCAAUGGCAAAGUUCUAGACCUCUUCCGGGCGGCCCAGCUCUCAAACGAAGUGGUCCAUCAGAUUACUGAACUUUGCGGGGCCACGCGCCUCGGUCAUUUCGGUCGGAGUCAGUUCUACAUUGCACUGAAGCUUAUUGCACUGGCCCAGUCUGGACUGCCCCUGCGUGUGGAGAGCCUGAACAGUGUCAGGGAUCUGCCCCUCCCUCGCUUUGUGAUGAGCAAGAACGAGCAGGAGACGAGGCACGCAGUCAUGUUCGCAGACACAGAGAACCAGGGACCCUACCUCCCCAGACCUCCAGGCCGAGUGCAAGCCAAAAAAGUGUCAGCGCAUGAGAUGAUUCAGCCCUGUGUGCCCACUGUAGAUCCACAGCCGGACACCACAUCUCCUGUAGUGUCACCGCACCAGUCCCCUCCCACUUCACCCCACGCCUGGAGGAAGCACAAACGCCAGGCAAGCGGUGGAAACGUGGACAGACAGUCCUCAGUGCCAGGAGUUGUUUGGCCACCUUUUAGAGAAGCACAGCCAGGACCAGUUACAGGUGAUGGGAUGUGGUCUGCCCAUUCACCCCCUCCUGUCCAGGAAAGUUGGGUCAGUUUCACAGACACGCCCCCCUCCAGCACACUUCCAAUGCAUCCCCCCUCAGCUCAGCCGGAGAGCGCAACAGUUCGAACUGUGCCAUCUGCAAUGACCACAAAUGAAAUCCAAAGACAGUCCAUCGGUUAUGAUGACCCCUGGAAAAUCACAGAUGAGCAAAGACAGUAUUACAUAAACCAGUUUAAGACCAUUCAGGCUGAUCUCACUGGUUUCAUCCCUGGCUCAGCCGCGAAGGAAUUCUUUACAAAGUCGAAACUGCCUAUUCUAGAACUGUCUCACAUUUGGGAGCUAUCAGAUUUUGAUAAAGAUGGUGCACUGACCCUGGAUGAGUUCUGUGCUGCGUUUCAUCUUGUGGUCGCUAGGAAAAAUGGUUAUGACCUUCCUGAAAAGCUCCCCGAGAGCCUAAUGCCAAAGCUUAUUGACUUGGAUGACUCAGCAGGAGUUCCAGAACCUGCUCCUGAGGUGGGCUUUUCUGCUUCCCCUGUGGAGGUCACUCCAAAUAAGUCUCCUUCCAUGCCUUCCCUGAACCAGAACUGGCCUGAGCUCAAUCAAAGCAAUGAGCAGUGGGAGACUUUUAGCGAACGCUCCUCAAGCUCACAAACUCUGACCCAAUUUGAUUCUAACAUUGCACCAGCUGACCCUGAUACAGCAAUAGUCCACCCUGUGCCCAUUCGUAUGACACCCAGCAAGAUCCACAUGCAAGAGAUGGAGCUCAAGAGAACUGGAAGUGAUCACACGAAUCCAGCAAGUCCGUUAAUGGCGAACCCACCAGAACUUUCUGAUGAGACCAAGUUAGCAGCAACUAUUAAGUUUCCUGGUACCACUGUUGGAGAUGGCUAUAGCAGCUCGGAUUCAUUUACAUCUGAUCAAGAGCCCAUUUCCAGCGCUGUGAACAGACAAAGGUCUCACUCUGGCACCUCUCCGGAAGGACUGAAGGUUGUGGCUCCGCCCCCACCUCCUCCCCGCCCCCACGCCUCUCACUCACGGUCCUCCUCUCUAGACAUGAACAGAAACUUUGCUGCUGUCCCUGCAGGUCCGCAGCAGCCGGGUGUAGUUGCCUUUCCCCCAGCAGUGCCUCCCAGACCACUGCCCACACAGACAUCAGUGCCACAUGGUCACCGUUCGGUAGAGGGAGAUGGUCCUCCAGCACAUACCAGCACGUCACCCCAGCAGAUGCCAGAACAGCCCAACUUUGCUGACUUCAGCCAGUUCCAGGCUUUUGCUGUCGACCAGCCGGCAGAUGAUGGAGAGAAACCAUCUGACAGUGGACAGGCAGAAAGAUGUGCAGAAACUACCGGGACAAUGAGAACAGCGAAGAACGACGUUCAGGCAGAGGAACGAAAUGCAACCACUGUCAACUCUGCCAAAGUAUCCACUCCAUUGGCCCCACCCCCUAAACCUGUUCGUCGAAGAUUGAAAUCAGAAGAUGAGCUCAGACCAGAUGUGGAGGACCUCCCGCAAAAGUCUAACGUCAUAGCCACUGUUCUAGCAACCCAGCCCUCAAUUCCACGGUCUAUCGGUAAAGAUAAGAAGGCCAUCCAGGCUUCCAUUAGAAGAAACAAAGAAACGAAUACGGUUUUAGCCAGACUCAACAGUGAAUUACAGCAGCAGUUGAAGGACCUGCUAGAAGAAAGAAUAUCGCUUGAAGUGCAACUGGAACAGCUUAGACCUUUUUCGCAUUUGUAAAAACAGUGUGUGUGUGUUCGCUUAAGAUUGAAUGUUUGUGUGUACGAAAGAGUGAUUACCCCAGUUUUUUUUUUUUUUUUUUUGGGUUUUUUUGAGUGGUCUGUUGGAUCCUCUGGCAGGAUGUCCAUUUCACCCGUCUCCACUCCUCUGCUGACUAUGUGAGAAGAGACACAAUCGCUGCUUCCUCCAGACUGUUCUGUCUCACACAGCCAUUCAGAGGGAUGGGGUCCAGGAACAUUAUCCGUUAUGGAACUUUGAUGAAACCGAAAGUCUGAGUGGUUGUAUGUGUAAUACCCCGGACAUUGCAGGUUAUGUUUAGCGUGUGAGGCAAGAGCCUGACGUCAUGGCCGGCAGGAGGCUGUAAUUCUGGUAAACAUGAAGGAGUGUCUUCCCCUCCUGUUCUCCAGAGUCCCGAGGCAGCUUGUCAUGUUCUUCCAUGUUAGAGGCACCCGUGUGUGCUCAGACAAUCAUGUUAGGCCAUGCACUGGUCGUACAGAGGGGAGAACUGAUUUUUGGGAGAUCAUACUAUUUCAGAAGUAUGCUUUAGAAAACUGAUUCUGACAGGCACUUGUUAAAGGGACAGUUCACUCAACAAUUGAAAUUCUUUAGUUUUUUUUAUUCAACCUCAUGUCGUUAUAAACCCGUAUGACUUCUUUUUUUUUUUUUUUAAGAAUAUUGGUGGCUGAUCAUUUUCAAAUAAUGACAGUAAACAAGGACUGAGGAUUUCAAGCUCCAGUAAUACAAAAGAUACUCCAAAAAAGUCUGCUAUAUUGAAAUGAUUUCAUAUGAUUGGUGUUUGCAAGGAACAGACACUGAUUUUUUUUUUUUGUGUAGUGUUUUUCUGCUGCGACUGAAUCAUUGAGUUGAACUUGAGUACUGGAUCAGUCAAAUUUGUGAAUGAUUCUUUCAUUUUUUUUUUUCUUUUUCUGGAUAAUCUCGAUCGUUGAAAAGUUUAAAACAAAUCAAAUUAAUCUUAUGUUUACAGCUCAGACAGUCACUUCUCUUACAGAAACAUGGCAGAGAGAAUUACGAAUAACAAUUAAAAUUUCAAUCUGUUCCUCAUGCGAAAGCUAUUUUAUGGCUUUAAUAAUUAGAAAUAUAAUGCAAAUGUUUUAUGGGAUACUUUAACACUGCUUUUGUUUGUAAGCCCUCUCAUUAUAUCAAAAAGAGUGACCAGGAUAUUCUCCAAAAAUUCACUUUUUGUGUCACAUAAAAGAAAGAAAAUCUUAUGGGUUUUGAGCAAAUGACAGAAUUGUUAUUUUUGGAUGAACUGUCCCUUUAAUAUUUCUUCCUCGCCAUACCGGUGGACGGCACAUCUGUGCGUGUUUGUUUCAUGUGUGUGAGAGAGUUUGAGGACAACAUUUACAAAUGUGUGGCAUCAAAAACUGCUUUCUUUUCUUUUAACACACUCUGUUGUGUUAUUACAAAACGACCCGUUCAACCUUGUACAGUCUUUCACCCAGUGAUGGCAGGUGUCCCUCUCUCAGUCUCAAAUGUUGGCUGUACCUCAUACGGUACAUGUUCUGAUUCAGUUCAUCAUAAACUCUUGGGACAUCAUCAGUACGUAAACCUGAGACCUAAAACAAUGACUGCACUUUCUCCCCUUCGGCUUUCAUUUGUCUUUUCUCAUCCCUAUUUUUGCAUGUCGUUCACAAUCUCAUUUUGUAUAAAAGGCUCUUAACAAUGAACCACUCAAUUUGUAUCUGUAACGUCUGAACUAAUGUGACGUUUGUGUUGUUACAUAGACUUGCACCAUGUCUUUCAUUUGUCGGUUUGUUUUGACUGAUGUCUGUGUUUUUCUUUUACUCAUCCUUAAAGCCUUACUUCCUGGUGUGCAGGUUUUCACAGUAAUGUAUCCCCCCCAUGUUAAAUCAAGGUGAGCCUUUUCUCCCUGCUGUUCAGGCUGAUUUACUGUAUCAGGGGUAUGUUGUAUAUUGUAUGAUACACACCUUUUGAUCUCAUAUGUAAAUUUGCAUUAAUUGCUGACUAACAGCAAAUAUUCUAUUUAAUUGCUUAUAUAAUGGCUGUGGGAUCAUAAAUGUUUAACUGCAUGGAUGUGUCUCUGCAGAAUGAACUAGCAGCUGUGUGAUUUUUACACAAAAUAAAAAUGGCACAAUAUUUUAAUAAUUUC